CCAGGGAAUGAACUGGGAUGGGGGAUGAACAGGGAUGGGGGAUGAACCGGGAUGGACUGGGAUGGGAGAUGGAUUGGGAUGGGAGAUGGACUGGGAUGGGAGAUAAAUCGGGAUGAGGGAUGAACUGGGAUCUGGGAUGAACCGGGAUGAGGGAUGAACUGCAAUGGGAACGGGGAGUGUGUCGGGGUGAGUUAUGCAGGGGAUGGAGACUGGGGAAUGUGCCAGAGAGGGACUGGCAUGAGGAAUGUGAUGGGAUGAGACUUUGCCCCAGGAUGGGAGUGGAGGAUGCAGCGGGAUGGGGAUGGGGGAGCCCCAGGGAAGGCGGGUUUGGGACUGGUGAAUGUCCUGGGAAGGGACGUGGUCAGCAGACACUGGGAAAGGCACCCUGGACGCACGGAGGGCACUGGGAGGCACUGGGAGAUGUGGGCUCUGCGGAAGGGCGGGGUCCUGGGAGGGGCAGGACGAGGGUGGGGACACUGGGAGGGGAUUGCUGCGAGCGCUGGGGGCCGCUCCAUCCCCGUUGGCCUCCGCUGUGUGCGCAACAGGAGGAGGGGGUCUGCACCCCCGCCCCCACCUCCCUCUCAUCCUUUGCUGUCCCCAGGCUGGAAGACGAGACGCAGAAGCGUGAGGAUGCCGAGAAGAGUCUGGUGCUGUUCCGCAAGGACGUGGACCACGCCACGCUGUCCCGCCUGGAGCUGGAACGCAAGGUCGAGCUGCUGAUGGACGAGAUCGGCUUCCUCAAGAAACUGCACGAGGAGGAGCUGCGGGACCUGGAGGUGAGUGGCCCGAGCCCGGCGGGGCUGGCCGAGGUGGAGGUGUGCAAGCCGGAGCUGACGGCUGCGCUGCGGGAGAUCCGCACCCAGUACGAGAGCAUCGCGGUCAAGAACCUGCAGGAAGCCGAGGAAUGGUACAAGUCAAAGUUUGCCGACCUCUCGGAUGCGGCAAACCGUAACCACGAGGCGCUGCGGCUGGCCAAGCAGGAGAUGAACGAGUCCCGCCGGCAGAUCCAGAGCCUGACCUGCGAGGUGGACGGGCUGAAGGGCGUGAACGAGGCGCUGCAGCGGCAGAUGCGGGAGAUGGAGGAUGAGUUCGGCGAGGAGAUCGGGAACUACCAGGACGUGGUGGGGAGACUGGAGCAGGAGAUCCAGCAGAUGAAGGAGGAGAUGGCACGGCACCUGCGCGAGUACCAGGACCUGCUGAACGUCAAGAUGGCCCUGGACAUCGAGAUUGCCACGUACCGAAAGCUGCUGGAGGGCGAGGAGAGCCGGAUCACCAUCCCACCGCACCCCACCACCUCCUUCAGCAUGAGGAGCUCAGUGCUGGAGCCGCAGCCUGCAGAGAGCCCGGCCCGGAGGAUGGUGCUCAUCAAAACCAUCGAGACACGGGAUGGGCAGGUGAGAACUGGGGGUGCCCUGCCUGGGAGGUCCAACCCUGCCUGGGACUGAUCCCCAAAUUCUCCUCUUGCAGCAAGUGGUGACGGAAUCGCACAAAGAGCGAGCGGGGAAGUGACAGAGAGGAGCGGCUGCGAUGGCCCCGACCCCACGGUGGGGGGGUUUUGCCAGACCCUGCUGCGUCCUGGGCGGGGCACGGAGCAGAGCAGGGGAGCUGGAAGUGCCCCAGUUGCUAUUCCUGCUGUCAGCACCACGGGACAACGCUGUGGUGUGUCCCUGUGCCUUUGCAGUGUGUCCCUGUGCCUUGUCCCCCCGCUAUUUAUCGCCUGUUUAUUAUUCUCCCACCCCCGAGCCCAGCUGUAUUUAAUAUCGAGUGUUCCCCACGCUGCCCUGGGGGGUCUCGGCUUCCCUCCCGCCACCACAGCUGGCACCGGCUGCCCCCGGGCUGGCGAUGCCGAUGACAUCCAAGCGAUGUCCCCCUGGUGUCACUGCCAUGGGGAGUGGGACAGAAAGGGAAGCAGCGCCCGGCUGAGGGGGAAUCUGUGCUCUGGAGUCCCGUUCUGUGCCAGGGCCCCUCUCCAUGCUACGACUGCCACCCUGGGGGGGUCUCACCUGCCCUCCCAUCACCGGAACAAGCACCGGCUACACCGGGGUUGGCGGCUCCGGUGGCAUUGAAGUGCUGUCCCCUCUGCUGUCCCCGUCUCGGCGAAGGAGCCUCAACCCCUGAACUCUUCGAAUCCCGGGGGUCCCGGGACCCCGCGACUUCCAGAGGACCGACGGGCACGCCCGGUAUCCCGCUCCAGCCCCACGGGGUCUCGGCCCGGUUCUCCCGGAGCAUCGCAGGACCGGGCCGGGCACCGCCGCGUUCGUUCCUUACCGGGACCGCCAGAGGGCGCCACCGGCCCGGCCCGAUCGCUGCCGCGGGUUAAUUCCGUGUUAAUUGCGUGUUAAUUACGGGUUAAUUACAGCGUGACAAGGCUCUGGGUGUGCGGGGAAACACCCUAAUUUCUAUAAUUGCGUUAAGAGAUUUUUUGCAUGAUUAAUUGAGUUAGACGAAAUGAUGCAAAAUUGCUUUCAUGCAAGAUUUGCUUAUUCGUUUUGCUAUUUUCAGCAAAUUUUUGCACUGUUUCAUUAUUUGCAGCGGUUUUUUGCACCACUGAUUGAAUUAUUUUAAGGAAAUUAUGCACCACUGCGUUAUUUAAACAAAACUUGCACACAUAAUUGCCUUAUUUUAAGCAAAUGCUGCAUUAUUGCAUUUUAAGCAUUUUUUUGCAUCGUCAAUUGCGUUAAGUACUUUUUUUUUGCAUUAUUGUGUUAUAGCAAAUGAUACAAAAUUGCAUAAUCUCAUGGAAUUUUGGCAUAAUUAACUGCAUUAUUUUAUGCAAUCUUUGCACCAUUAAUUACAAGAACAAAAUAAUAUAAAAUCGCAUUAUUUUAACCUUUUGCCCCCCACUAUUAAUUACGUUAUCUUAGCUAAUUUUUUCACGUGAAAACUGAAUUACUUUAACCAAUUUUUUGCAUCAUUAACAGCAUUCUUUUAAGCCGUUUGCAUUAUUUGAAGCACUAAUUGCAAUCUGGGUCACGGCAACACCCCAGGAACAGCUCGGGAUCCCUG